AUGUCUCGCUUUGUUCCACCGCCGAAUGGUGCACAGAAUGCUCAAUUUGUUGGUGGCGCGCAACCUCGCCAACAAUACUUUGCUACUCGACAAUCGAAGGUCGGCUUCCCUAUUUUCAAUGGUGAGGAUCUACCUGGUUGGAUCCUUCGCUGUGAUCAUUUUUUUGAGGUGGAUCUGACACCGGAUGAAUCAAAAGUGCGUUUAGCAGUGAUUAACUAUGAAGGCCGCGCACUUCAAUGGUUCCAAAACUGGGCUAAGUAUCAGGAUCGAGCUAUGACUACUCCAUGGCCGAUGUUUCUGAGAGCUUUGGAAGGCAGAUUUGGUGAUCAAUUACUUGGAGAUCCAAUGACUGAGCUUCUAGCACUCAAGCAAACAGGUUCGUUUGCUGACUACCACGAUCGAUUCGAAUUAUUGCUUGGUCGUGUUUCUCUAUCUGAAUCCUAUGCUAUUAGUCAUUUCAUUAAUGGAUUGAAAUCGCAUGCGCCUAAUAACAGAGGAAGAAAUGGCAGAGAAAGAGCUAAAGGAUUGUGCUAUGGUUGUGAUGAAAAAUUUGAACGAGGGCAUAGAUGUGCUAGGAAACAAUUAUAUUUACUGGAAAUAGAUGAUGGAGUAAGUGAGUUAUCUGUUGAUGAUGAAAUUCAGGAGGAUGAAGUUAAUGAUGAGGAGAAUCCCCUGAUUUCAAUCCAUGCUAUAAACGGUUCACCAUCUAGAGGUUUUCGUACCAUGCGAGUUACUGGUCGCAUAGGUAAGAGAGCUAUCCAUAUUCUUAUUGCCUCAGGCAGUACUGACAACUUUUUGGAUAUACAAUUGGCUAAGAAGAUGGGACUUCAACUUACUCCUGUCAAUCCAGUGAUGGUUGAUGUGGCUGAUGGAAAUCGGUUAGAAUGUAAAUCCAUGUGUAAAGGAAUGCGUUGGUUGUUGAGAAGGACUCCUUUUGUAACUGAUGUUCUUCUACUUCCUUUGGGGAGCUGCGAUAUGGUAUUGGGAAUUCAAUGGCUAGAGACAUUGGGUGUUAUUCAGUGGGACUUCAAGAACUUGACUAUGGAUUUCACCUUAAAAGGUAGAAGACACUUGAUAAGAGGAGACAACACUAAGUUACAGGUUCACACAGUUUCAAAAAAUGAAAUGAAUAAAAUCCUCACUCACACUAAUGGAAUACAAUUGUGCUGCAUACAAGUGACUGAUGAAGGUAAUCCUACACUACUUUCUAGAGAAAGCACUGAUGAUUAUGAAGUUCCAAUUCCUAGCAGUAUUCAAUUGUUCCUGGAGGAUCAAAAGGCUAUUUUUGCUGAGCCUACUUCACUACCUCCCCUGAGAUCUCAUAACCAUAAAAUUACACUAGUACCAGGCUCUUCACCUGUCAAUUCAAGACCCUACAAACAUUCUGCUAUACAAAAGAGUAUCAUUGAGAAACAAGUGGCUGACUUGCUUAAACAAGGUUUUAUCCGGCCAAGUUCCAGUCCAUUCUCUUCUCCUGUGGUCUUAGUGAAGAAGAAAGAUGGCACGUGGAGAAUGUGCGUGGAUUACAGACAGCUGAACAAGAUUACUAUCAAAGAUAAAUACCCUAUUCCACUCAUAGAUGAACUACUUGAUGAAUUGAAAGGAGCUACUGUCUUCUCUAAGAUAGACUUGAGAGCAGGGUAUCAUCAAAUCAGAAUGGAAGCCGAGGACAUUCCUAAAACUGCUUUUCGAACUCAUGAUGGCCACUACGAAUUUGCAGUAAUGCCUUUUGGACUCACCAACGCACCAACCACAUUUCAGAGUUUGAUGAACGAUGUGUUUAGACUCUUUCUGAGGAAGUUUGUGCUUGUGUUUUUUGAUGAUAUACUGAUAUAUAGCACUGAUAUGGAGACUCAUUUGAUUCAUUUGAAGUUGGUUGAAUAUUUGGGCCACAUUAUAUAUGUCGAAAGUGUGUCUACUGAUCCUAAGAAACUUGAAGCUAUGAAGGAUUGGCCUACACCAACUGAUGUCUCCAAACUCAGAGGAUUCCUUGGGCUUACAGGCUACUACAGAAAGUUUAUAAAAGGCUAUGGCAUAAUUUGUAGGCCUUUAACCGAUUUACUUAAGAAAGAUGCCUUCUGUUGGAAUGCAGAAGCUGAAGCAGCUUUUGUAGCAUUGAAGUAA